AAUUUAUUCUUCGUAGGUAGCAAUACGAAAAAGAACCUCAUUUUCCAGGUUCCCAGUGAAUUGCAGCGUUCGGCCUUUGCAGACAAGAAUAUUCGUAUGCCCAAUACGCCGUCUGUGGCCGUGGGCAGAUCGGCGAAUCUCUGAUCUUAAGCUCAGUAAAGGCCAAUUUGUAUUUCCGCUGGCCUGAUCGGCCUUCGUUCUGCUGGAUCCCGAGCUCGGCUCCAAGCUGAGGGUCUGGAUCUUCGAGGCGACUUCUGUUGUUGAGUGGAUCCGUAAAUGCAAGCUUUGAAUCUGGGAUCACGAUAGGAAAGGGACUUGGAGCUGGAUAACGGAAAAUGGCGUGGUUCGGGAAUGUGUCAUUGGGGGGCUUCUCGGAUUUGGCUGGGGCCGUGUCGAAACUGAGUGAAAGCGUCAAGAACAUCGAGAAGAAUUUCGAUAGUGCUCUCGGAUUGGAGGAAAAACAUGAUCCCGACGACGAUGGUUCUGGAAAAUGGACAUCAACAUCAGGUAGAAAAGGCCUUUUAGAACCUAUGAUGUCCUUUAUGGGGAAAAAAGAAGAGGAAAGUACUUCUGGACAAACAGUACAAGUUGAAUCUUUACAACACUCUUUAACAGCUGAAAAGCAUGAGAUGACCUCAAGUUUUACAUCCUCUGAACCCAUGAGUAAAUCAACUAUUUCUUCUGAAAAGGAAAAUGAAGAUUCUGUAACCAUAGAUACUGACAUCCUUUGUACUAAUGCCAACAGCAUGAUUGAAGAACCUCAAAUCCUUGUUGUGAAUAAAACUGUUGAAUCAAACUGUUUACCAGCUGAAAUGGGGUCUUCAUUGGCUGGAAGCAAGGAAGAAGUUGAUCCAUCAUCCAUUUUCCAACAGACAACAGAUGGUGACAUCCAAGCUAGUGAUAACUUAAAACCAGAACAUCCUGCACAACAAAUUGCUGAUAGUGUAGAAUUAAUUGUCAGCAAUGUACUCAAAGAACCUGAAGAGACAGAUCAUAUAUAUGAUUCACAGGGAACUAAUGUCAUACAGGAGAGUCAAGCUGAGCAGCCUCUAGAUAAAUGGUCUUCUGAACAUUCUAAAGUAAUUGUCCCAGAUAACCUUGAUAAAGAAGCCUCAGUUGCUCUUCCUGUUAGUAUAGAAAAGUGUGAUAAUGUCAAUGAACCAUCAUAUAACAAUGUUUCAGAUGCAAUCCAUAGUGAGCAGGAUCAUGCUAUGUCAUCUGACUUGGUAUCUCAUGAUACAAAUGAACCUCCCAAGUCUUUAAAAGUGAACUCCAGGGAAAGAGAUGAUGAAGAUGAGAAUGCCAAGCUUUCAUUUACUUCUUCCGAUAAUGCAUUGGGUUCAGUGGAUCAACCAGGGGAAAUAGAGAAGGUAAAACAAGAAAUGAGAAUGAUGGAAUCUGCAUUAAAAGGAGCUGCUAGGCAAGCCCAGGCUAAAGCUGAUGAAAUUGCUAAACUGAUGAACGAGAAUGAACAGUUGAAAUCUGUCAUUGAGGAUCUAAAGAGUAAAUCGAAAGAAGAAGAAUUAGACACAUUGCGAGAUGAAUAUCAUCAAAAGGUGUCAGCUCUUGAAAGAAAGGUUUAUUCUCUCACCAGAGAAAGGGAUACAUUAAGGAGAGAACAAAACAAAAAGAAUGACGCUGCUGCUCUUUUGAAGGAGAAAGAUGAGAUAAUCAGUCAAGUUAUGGCUGAAGGUGAAGAGCUGUCAAAAAAGCAAGCUGCUCAAGAAGCAACCAUGAGGAAACUAAGGGCGCAGAUUCGGGAAUUUGAAGAAGAAAAACAAAGACUGAACUCGAAGCUCCAGGUUGAGGAGACAAAAGUAGAAAGUAUGAAGAGGGAUAAGGCAGCUACUGAGAAGCUGCUGCAGGAAACCAUAGAAAGAAAUCAAGCAGAACUUGCUGCUCAGAAGGAAUUUUACACCAAUGCACUUAAUGCAGCCAAAGAAGCUGAAGCCUUAGCAGAGGCACGAGCUAACAAUGAGGCCAAGGUCGAACUUGAAAGUCGACUGAAGGAAGCAAGUGAACGUGAAGCUAUGUUGAUUCAGACGCUUGAGGAGUUGAGGCAGAGUCUGACUAGAACUGAGCAGCAGGCAGCAUUUAGAGAAGAAAUGCUGAGAAGGGAUAUGGAUGAUCUUCAAAGACGCUACCAUGACAGUGAACUCCGCUACACUGAAAUGAUCACUCAAGUUCCUGAGUCAACUCGACCACUUCUAAGACAGAUUGAAGCUAUGCAGGAGACCGCUGCAAGAAGAGCUGAAGCCUGGGCUGGCGUGGAAAAUGCACUAAACUCUCGCUUGCAGGAGGCAGAAGCCAAAGCUGCAGCUGCAGAAGAAAAGGAACGAACCCUAAAUGAACGCCUAUCUCAAAACUUAUCUCGGAUUACUGUUCUUGAGACUCAGAUUGCCUGUAUCAGAACAGAGCAGACACAACUAAGUAGGUCACUUGAAAAGGAAAGGCAAAGGGCAUCUGAAAGCAGACAAGAAUAUCUAGCAGCAAUAGAAGAAGCUGCUACUCAAGAGGGCCGUGCCAAGCAAUUUGAAGAAGAACUCAAGGAGAUAAGAAAUAAACACAGAAGGGAGUUACAGGAUGAGGUGGUUCACAGAGAACUUUUGGAAAAGGAGCUCGAAAGGGUAAGAGCUGCCAAAGAUGAACUGGAAAAAACUAUUUCUCAUGAAUCGAUUCCAGUUGCAAAUCAAAAUUCAACCAAAAACUUACAGAUUAGGAAGCUUUCAACUGCUGGGAGCUCCAGUAGUAUGGAAGAAAGCUUUUUCUUGCAAGCGUCUUUGGACUCAUCAGAUAACCCUUUCUCAGAGAAAAGGCACUCUGGGGAAGCAAUGGUUUCUCCAUAUUUCCUGAAGAGCAUGACACAUAGUACUUAUGAAGCAUCAUUACGCCAGAAGGAUGGUGAACUUGCAUCAUACAUUUCACGCUUGGCUUCUUUGGAAGCUAUUCGUGAUUCUCUCGCUGAAGAACUAGUCAAAAUGACAGAGGAGUGUGAAAAGCUGAGAGCAGAAGCUGCAGCUUUACCUGGGUUAAGAGCAGAGUUAGAAGCCUUGCGACGAAGGCAUUCAGCGGCACUGGAACUUAUGGGUGAACGUGAUGAAGAGUUGGAGGAACUUCGAGCCGAUAUCAUCGACCUGAAGGAGAUGUACCGAGAACAAGUGGAUUUGCUUGUGAACAGGCUUCAGAGAGUAACCUCAUCAGUUGGUGUGAACUAGCGAUACGCUGCAAAUACGCAUCCGUUGCUGAACGUGAUCGAUCUGUUUGGUGAUACAAAAUUUUGACUGCCUUUCGAAUUGUAAUCAACUCUCUUGGUCGGCCCCUUCUUUGUAUUUGCUGUAGUGGUAUACGAUGUAACGAAUUCAGAAUGGAAUGUGAAGUUGAAUUGCCGUAUAUCUUUAUCACUUCGUAUAUGUGAAAUAAUACUUUUUGGAGUUUUGUUGUUGA